CUUCAUUACUUGUUGAAAAAUGGCUGCCACUGGGUAGCAACGAAGACCCUCUCAAGUUUGAUCACGAAACAAGAAUAAUCUUGGCUCUCAAAUAUAAAUUAUUGAGACGAAAACGAAUACCAAAGCUGUAUAAUGGAAUAAGGAAAAUGUAACCGUGAAAUUAUUGUUGGAUUUGACCUCACAAUGUUGAAUAUUUGUAAUAAGCCGCUGUGCUGACACCAACUUUCAGCCAAGGAGAGUGGCUACUCAUUGGGUGCCACCAUAAACAACCAGGAGCACGGAGCAGCCACCCUCAGGUCAGCCAAUUCCGGGCGAUGCCGCGGCUGGCAACAUGAUCAAACAGGGCGUCGUACAGGAAAAAAUUUCUGAUCUAACAGCCAUGAACCAGCUGCCACCUUUAAGCACGCUGCCUCAAUGGUCUCGGAUUAAUACACUUGAUCGGGGCCGCUACCCAAAACCUUUUGUCAAGGAUAAGGUGACAGGGGGUGCUGAGGGAAGGAAGGAGGGAGAAGAGGAAGAGCGUGAUGUUGACAUAUCAGAACUUAACCCCUCUCAAAGGAUUCAUCAUCUUGAGAGGAGUAUCCAUUUUCUUCGUCAACAACAUCAGGAAGUCCUCAAGUCACUCCACGAUGAAAUUGAGGUUCUCAAGAAAGAGAAUAAAGAUUUACAUUUUAAAAUUGUGAUGUCCCAGAAGCAGCACCAGGAAAAACAAAGUGCCAACAGCCAACAUGACGGCUCUAAAGACCGUUCCCGCAAUGACGGCAACUCUCGGGCGCUCGAGAAAGAAUAUUCCUCCAAUUCUCUCAUCUCUCAAACUCUAGAAUUAAGUAGCUCCGCCGGCCGUUCCCGUGUGGAAGCGACAAAAGAACGGUUACAAGCAGAGGAUCGACUAGAUGAGCUGAAGAUCAUCUUUCUGGAGGAGGAGAUAAAGGAACUAAAACAUGCACUUCGUGAUCUCAAAAACCGUAACAACUUCCUAACACAGAGGCUGGAACAGGAAGAGGAACACAAGAAAAAACAACUGGCUAAGAUUGAGAGUCUACAGUAUCAAGUAGCCCAGGGUGGUGGUCCAAUGGCUGAGAAAAUCGCCACUGGUAAUCUCAACAUCUUCAGCAACCCUAAUCAUCCUCCGACCUUGACAGAAUGUGAGGUCGUCAUUCGCCAUCUUCAGUCCAUCAAUGAGCAGCAGACACAUGAGCUGGAACGUCUUAAGUCAGACCUGCGCGAUGUAUUGUACUCCCACAAGUGGACGCCCGAUGCCUACCUGCUUGCCAAGGCUUACAUUGCAGAAGAUGAUGCUAAGGACAAGGAAGAGAAAAGGGCGCUUCCCAAACUUAAAAACCCUUCCAGGAAAUUACCCGAUAUUGCUUAUAUCCAAAGAGAUACAGUAAAUUUACCGGCUCUGAAGCAGACAGUCAGUAACAAAGCAAUAGAGAGACGUAAACGUACACAGAUACUUCAGAAAGCUCGCCUACACAAAGAAAUUCUACCCUAAUGUGUCAGCAUUCUAGGUAAAGGGAGAUAAUUGUGUAUACAACGUACCCAGAUAAGGUCUACUGAAGGAAUUCCUCAACCACUGGCAAGUAGACUAGUCAUACUGCUGGAGGCUGUGUAAUAAUGAACUGUAAUGUUUGCUGAAUGAAUUCCUGGGUAAUGUGUGACCAGAUUUAAGUUGUCACCCUGAGCAAAGGUACGAAAACACACAUUUGUAUAUGACACAUGGUGGAAAUUCUCAACAAAGUGUGCCUCGAUGUUUCUCUCUUAAAAGAUUACCAUGCUAUGGAGUGAGAAAACUAUUGUAAAGACAAUAUUUUAAACAUUUGACAAUUUUUUUCUUGUCGUCGGAGACUGAUAAUAGGAGAUGUCUGUAUGUUGUGUUGUUUACUAGGGAAAGAAGGGAAGUAACUUCCAUCAGUGUUUUUCUGACCAUUGCCAUGAUGUCCAACGUGCCUCCCUGUGUUCCCCCAUCUAACAUUGAUCAUAAUCAGAUGUGGCAGGCCUAAACUAUUCUAACUGAAUUUACCUAUACAACUCCUGUAUUUCAAUAUUUUAAGUGAAGAUUCUUCCUGAAAUUUUAUCACGUUUCAAAAUAGAUUAGGAAUUACAGAUAUAUACUGUAUAUCACUUUUUUUCGCUGCAGAUUAAAUGGUGAGUCACAAUUUUUAGAAACUUUUAAGCAUAAAAUGUUGUUUAAGACAAAAGUUGAUGACAUGUAAAUGUAGACUAGCACUAAAACCAAAUUCACUUCAGAAGAUAAAAAGUUAAUUCUCAAAGUUUAUUUACUUAUUGAGAAAAAUCCAGUUAAGCCACAGCAUAUACUUAAAUGUAAUAUUGUAAACAUAUUUUAGCUUUAAUAUCAUUUUAGCAGCAAUCAUAUUUAAGUGCAUUUUGCACUUGAUACAAAUUAUGAUAGCGCUCGUUACACUUUAUACAUACUAUUUCCAUAUCAAAUAAUGUGGGUGAACAAAUUCAUUAUUGCACUUAUCUGUUGAAAUUUGGUAAUGUGCUGAAUUUUAGUGCAAAACAAUUCAUGUUUAAGGUAUAUUCUUGGAUUGUAGCCGAUAUGCAUCCCUGUGCAGACCUACAAUUAAAUUCCUGUUAGGUUUCAGUUGAUCAUAAUGUUAUGUUCAUAGCUAGCAGCACUACUUUAUCUAUAUAAAUUAGGCAUUUUUCUAUUCUCUUCAUUACACUAGCCAUACUUUGGUACAAGAGAUCUGAAGCGAUUGGAUUUAUAUGCAGAAUGUGAGACAAUACAUGUAUUUGUAUGUAAAGGUAAUUUUUUUAUCUAUUCAAUUAAAGACUAUUGCCAAGUGCUAGUCCUAUGUUGUCGUACGGAUGAAUCCUCUUUGGUUGUGUAUAUAUCUAUUGCCAAGUGCUAGUCCUAUGUUGUCGUACGGAUGAAUCCUCUUUGGUUGUGUAUCUGUCGGUGUGUAGCUAUAUUCUGAAAGCAGAUUUUAUGAUUCUGAAUAUCAUGCACCCCAAGUAUACAUACAAAUGUACUUUUAUAGAAAGUUAUUAUAUAACUUUCAUACAAAGUCACCUAAUUUCAUAUGUUUGCUGAAUGUUUAAGGUUCAUGUGUAGGUAAUUUCUUGAUGUAUGUAUUAAUAUGUUUUGACAUUAGAAAGAAAAAUCAAAUUAAAAAUAAAUUCUAGUAAGCAGCUCUUCAACUGUCUGAUCCUACACCCCAAGUAUUUUCUCUAAUCAGACCCACGAAUAUAAUCCGACAUUCCUUCACAAACCAACUCCAGAGUAUGCUGUACUCCAACAAUGUUAGAGGUUUUACACGGCGAGAUACUUUUGACAGGCGCCGUGUCGCAGUCGGCAAAAUAAUAUCCGAUAGAAAAAGAGCCGACCAGCGGCCUCUUAUGUUAUAGGAGUAGAGUAUGCUGAUGAUUUUUUGUGACCAGAGGUUUGGGUACGAGUUAAGACUGGUUCUGGUAUAAUCAGUAUAGGUUCGAUUAAUUUAGUGUAUAAUACCUGUAGUUUUAACAAUAAUCCAAAAACAAGUUUUUAUCACUAAAGCUUCAAUACUCGACUGCCUAGUGUAUGGAAGAAGGACACAACUGUAUUGUGUAAAUCCAGCUCAUGUUUAUACCGUUGUACCGACUAGCAAAUAGAAUAGGCCUUGGAUGAGUGACCAUAUUUCAAUCUGCAUGUACAUGUAUUUUGCCAACUCUGUGAUGAACUGUUUGCUAAACUAGACUCCUCUCAAAAUUAGUUUUUGUUUUUGUGUGCAUUGCUUAAUAUAUAUACUCCAGCAUAAUUUUUUAUUAUUAUUUUCAUAAUUAAAUACUACCAUAUGCAUGUAUUGAAAAGCAAUUGAUGCAAUGCACAAUUAUAGCAUUUAUGAUAAAUGUUCUAUUCAAACUGUACUAUGGUUUAUUUACCUUCUACCCAAUCUAGGGGGUCAAAGUUCAUAGAAAUGAUACAUUUAUACAUCUAGGAGACACCAGAUGUACAAGGUUUUCUUUCACAUUUAAAAAUUCUGUUCGGAAAUGGGUGGGCUGUGGAUUGGAGGGGCUUAGUGAAACAUUAUAUCACAGAAUCCCGAUACAUUUAUGGGGCUGAAACUCCAGUGAUGUGGUAUAUAUGGGAGCAGUGUUUGCUGGCAUUGUAUGUUGUUUGUGUGUAUGUACUGGCAUUUCUACAGAAAACAUGCUCAUACAUUAUUAUAUGCAUACUUAUAAUAAUUACAAUGUGUUCUGUCAAUCUUCUCAUAUUUUUUUUUCUCAAAUAGAAUGAAAAUCAAAUUAAAUGUAUUCAUAUCAGAUACC